GGCGCAAAUGCCAAAUAUUUAUCUAUCUCGAGAUCGACUUUUAUUUUAUUUUAUCUCGUGAGCUUGCGAUUGUGACGUUUUUAUUUAUAUUGUAUUGACCUUGUUUCGUGUUUGUUUAUAAUUAUUGUUGUAGUUUGACAACUAGUUAUAGGCUCAGAAUAUUACGCAUGGUUACAACCUACAGUACAAUUGUCAAUAUUUAAAUUCCGGAAGACUAGUUAGACGAAGCAAAUAAAAUAUAUACGAUUGAUGCAACUUCAUCAAUUAAUUUAUCUAGCUAGUAUCAAUUAGCGUCGAGACGUUUCUAAUUUAUGAGUGAGAAGCAAUAAAGUUUAUUUGCACGUUGUCAUGAGAGCAAGGUCAAUUACUUCGCGGCUUCCCGCGUGCGCUGCCCCGCCGGCUCCUCGUGUGAUGGCCAUGUGAGUUGCUUGUAAUUCGGCCUUCGGAGGUAUAAUCUGGUUAGCGCUAGCUGGGUGGUACGGACUUGGAGUCAGUAGUAUUUACGAAUUAGUCGAGAGUUUAAGCGUGGUGUGUAAGCUCCGCAGUCUGCACUCGGCAGCGAACUGCGAGUCUCGCGAUCUCAAACAUUCGAUCAUCGUCAGGGCUUAAACCGUAUACCAUGAAGCACACAGAGGAUUACCGUAAUGGUGAUGUCGGGAGCGGCGCGUCCACCGCAUCGCGGUCGGACGACAGCGAGGGCGAGGAGGCCAGCGCGCUGGAGCAGGAGCUGUCGCUGGAGGAGGGCCCGGAGGCGGCGGCGCGCGUGCUGCUGGCGCUCAACGCGCUGCGGCGCGCGCGGCAGCACUACGACGUGGUGCUGGAGGCGGGCGGCCGCGAGCUGCCCGCGCACCGCGCAGUGCUGGCCGCCGCCGCGCACGCGCUGCUGGCCCUGCUGCCCGCGCCCGCCGAGGCGCCGGCCCUGCUGCGCCUGCCCGACCUGGACCCCGACGCGCUGGCCACGCUCGUCGACUACAUGUACACGGGGACGCUGCGCGUGCCCGACGUGGCGGCCGCGCGCCGCCUGUACUGUGCCGCCGCGCGCCUGCGCGUGGAGCCGGCGCGCGCGCACCUCGCCGACCGCCUGCUGCGCCGCCUCUCGCCGCAGGACUGCCUGCAGCUGCGCGCGCUGCCCGACCUCUCCGCGGCGCACCGCGCGCAGCUCGACGCCUACAUCGCGCACAACUUCGACGAGGUGUGCGCGGCGGGCGCGCUGGCGGCGCUGCCUCUGCUGCGGGUGGAGCUGCUGCGGGAGACGAGCUCGGACGGCUGCGAGGAGACGCCCGCCGCGCUGGCGGACGCCGCGCUCGCCUGGCUCAAGUCGCGCCUCGCCAUAUACUACGACGUGGAGGAGCUGUGCUCGCGCGUGCACCUGCUGUACGUGGACGCCGGCGGCGCGCUGCGGGACUGCGGCGAGCUGCCCGCCGCCGACGGCGACGCGCCGGAGCUGGAGGAGUACCGGCGGGAAGCGCGGGAGAGAGAGCGCGCCGGCAGGAGGCGCACGGCGGCGGAGUCGAGCGGCGGCGGCGACGAGUGGGCCGUGGUGGCGUGUCGCGCGGGCGGCGGCGCCACGCGCGCGGUGGUCGCGCUGCGCGGCCGGCUGGCGGCGGCGCGGGUGGCGUGGCGGGCGACCAGCGCCUCCGACACGCCGCGCGGCGGCAAGCUUGGAGGCCCCGCUGAUUAUUCCCCUCCGAUCCCUGAGGAGGGCGGCGCGAGACUGGCGUCGAUGUCGGUGGGGCGGUGCGCCGUGGGCUGCGCCGUGGUGGGCGGCCGCCUGGUGGUGUGCGGCGGCUACGACCGCGCCCGCGCGCUGCGCGCCGUGGAGGCCUUCCGGCCGCAGACCAACGCGUGGCGGCCGCUGCCCGACAUGCGGCGCGCGCGGGCCCGCCUGUGUGCGGCGCGCCUGCGGGGCCGCCUGUACGUGCUGGGCGGCUCGGACGGCUACACGGAGCUGGACUCGGUGGACGUCUAUGAGGAGGGCGGGGAGAGCGGCGAGGGCGGCGGCAAGUGGGCCAGUGCAGCGCCGCUGCCGGUGGCGCGGCAGUACGCGGCGGCCGCGGCCGACGAGACCAGCGGCACGCUGCUGGUGGUGGGCGGCGCCGCGGGCGGGCGCUCCCUGCGCCGCGUGCACCGCUACUGCGCCGAGCGCGGCGAGUGGAGCGAGGCGCCGCCGCUGGCGCAGGGCCGCUCGCAGGGCGCCGCCGCCGUGUGGGGCCGCGCCGCCUGGGUGCUGGGCGGCUGCGACGAGUGGCGCUGCCUGGCCUCCACCGAGCGCCUGCCGCUGGACGACGCGGGCGCCGCCUGGGCCGCCGGCCCGCCGCUGCCGACCGCGCGCCGCUCGGUGGGCGCGGCCGUGUGGCGCGGCGCGCUCGUGGCCGCGGGCGGCUCGGCCGGCUCGGCCUCGCUGCGCCAGGUGGACCUGCUGGGGGGCGCGGGGGGCGCGGCCGCGUGGCGGAGCGGGCCGCCGCUGCGCCGGCCGCGCGCCGCGCCCGCGCUGGCCGAGCUGGGCGGCGUGCUGUACGCGGCGGGCGGCUACUCCGGCAAGGAGUUCCUGGCGUGCGUGGAGCGCCUCACCGACCCGGGCGGCGCCUGGACGCAGCUCGUGCACGACGUGCUGCCCGCCGUACUUCCCGCGGAAUAUCCGAGUGCAGAUGAGACCAAACAGAAGAAAGUGGAGACAGAAGACGGAGCGGCCGCCAGUCCUCAAACCACCACGUGUUAGUUGCAGCCUCUAUCCACACGACGCCCGCUGACAAGACUUAUUCUUUGAUAAACUUAUUUUUGUAUAUAUUUGAGCAGUCGAUAUUAAGAUGUGUUAUAUUUGAUAAAUGGCCUCUAUUUGAUAUUGGUUUACGCUGUAUAAUUAUUAUUAUUCGGUGAUCUUUUAUUGAUGGUACCUUUAUAUACUAUUUCUAAACAAAGUGAGAUAAUAAAUGAAAUUCUUUUAUGUACCGAUAUAAAAUAUGAUAGCCAAUUUAGUUAUUGCCAAAUUUAAGCGUUGCAUUUUCGGCAUUCCCAUUAUUAGUUGAGUAUCAUGAUUUAAUUCGUGGCGUACAAAUUCCUGUACAGUGGCCACACUUUAUUGGAUCCUGUUCGUUAUAAUUGUCAGCAGAAAGUCUGCUGGUACACGAUCUCACUCUCGUAUCGUAUUAAGUUUUCUUUAUGUUCAGUAUGGAUGGUAAAAGUAAGAAGAAUCAUCUCACAUGGGAGAAAAGUUGAAAAAGUGUCCAAGUGUAUGCUGUAAAUAACAGUUUAAAAAUUUUCCACCUUGGCGCUGGUGUAGGCACAGAGUUUGGUAUGAAUGCAGCAAUUGGAGAUGAACUGAAGUAUGCCGAGUUAAAGUUUUUUUUUUAUAUUUAUUCAAUAGAAACAAAAGUUCGCAUUCAUAAAUUGUUUACAUAAACAGGAUAUUAAAUAUAUACAGCCAAUAUAGAUAUGAAAAUUAAUAAGGUAGGUACAACUAACAAUAUAAUUUGGUUACAGGUUUUUAAAUGUAUUGUUACAGAAUUUUUAAAUGAUGCUAAUGGUUUAAACGAUAAUUUUAAUAUCAUUGUCGACUAACGUGGUUAAUAAUUGAAAAUUUCAACAAUUUUUACGUUGUAUAAAAUAAUGUAUUGAAGAAUCGUUAUAUUUGGCGCUUCAUUUAAGAUUUACCCGUUGCUGAUGUGGCGCCACCCUAAUUUAAUGCAUUUUGACGGAAUUUUUCAUAUACACAGAUAAUUCUCCUUGCCUCUACCAUCAAUAUUGUUCAGGCUUUAUGGCUUAAUGAUAAAUAUUACAAUAGUGCCUUGAGGAUGAUGUAUUUAGCAAACUGUAUUGGCCGCAGAUUUGUAUCCAGUAUUAUUUAUGAAUGUGGCAAGAAUAACUGUUUUAGCAUUUUGAUGUUAAUGUUAUGUAGUGUGUGUAAUUUAUAAAUUAUUAAAAUUUUAAAAUGAAUAUAGCGUCUACCUCACGAAGCCAGACUCCAAAGUAUUGUUUGUUGUUAAAAUGACGGUAAAAUUAAAACACAGUCGGUGUUAUUACAAGACAUUGUUUUGUUAGACAGUCACCUGACAACAACAACGUCUAAAAGGGAGUUUAUCUUUUUCUAUUACAAAACAGUGUUUAGCUUGUGUUUAACAAAAUCUCGUUUAACACAAAACGAAGUGUACAGGAACAAUUAAAGGAACGGAACGCAAUUUUUGACAGCUGUCACCUAUCUGUCAUCACAUAAUCUUCCUAUUUAUCCGUUAGACACACCUUAGACAAGCUUCGAAUCGUGUUUAAAUAUAAGCAAUGUCAAAAGAUUGUUGAAGUUUAAAGAACAGAAGGACACAGAUUUGUAAUUGAAUUUUUUUAAAACAAGUGUUCAACACAUGUUUAACUUUUAUGUAAUAACACAGACAAUGUUUUUGAUGAAUACAUAUUGCUAUAUAAGCAUUUUAUAAAUAGUGAGUACAUUUUUCAUGUGAAGUUUGGAGUCUGCGUCUUCACAAAAUGCCUUUUUUCCAGUGCAACUGUUGCCUUUGGAGAACACCAAUAUCUUACGGAGCUUUAAAUUGUAAUUUAAUUUGGCAAGAAAGAACGAGCACUGUCAUACGAUGGCGUAUAACAGAAACUAUCAAGUAACUAUACUGGAAAUUACACUCCAUAUAUUACCUUCUCUCCAUUUUGACUCCUCCGGGGUCCAGAAUGGGCGGCAGGUGAUCUCUCCCUUCAGUCGGACACUCGCUUGCAACAGUAUUUUAUAUAAUGUAUAUCCUAUAAGGACUUAACAUAAGAUAUUUGUACAAUAAUAUCAUAUACUGACUCUUAAUUAUAGUAACAGACAUCACUCUGUGUUGGGUUACUGGGUUAUUUUCAACUUUUUUAUUUUAAUACAUACUUCUUAAGAAUGCAAUGCUAAUCCUGUGUCAAUACGAAUUAUAUUUUAAUGAACUUAUUAAGAGUGAGUAUUGUAAGUGUAAUCCGUAGUAUGAUGCAAGCCAGACUUGUCUGACAGGGACGGAUCACCGAUAGCUCACAAGUAUUGUUACUUGAUAUUAUGACAGCAAUAUUAAUUAGUUAAUACUUUUAUAUGUAAAACUAGCUUUAAUUAUAUCACUGAAUGUAGAACACGCGACUUGGUAAAUAUUGUCUGGAGCAGCGGUUAUCAGAGUUGUACAAACUAAACACAGAAACUGCUCUAUAUGAGAGUCGCCUUAAACAAUAUUUGCGUUCCGAUUUAGUGAAAUUUUGGUUUCGGUCCAAUAUGAAUAUCAAAUUUUAUUUGAAACUAGAUUUUCAGCCGUGCCCUUAAUAAAGAACAAGCAAAAUAAAAAUUCAGUCAUGGUAGAUUUGUUUCGUGUGUCCGUCUCACUAUGACGACUGGCCCGAGUGCUGCCUCACAAUACCAGAGAUGUAAGCGCGCCGCGGAUCAAGAACUGUCACGAUUGUGUAGCGCGCCCACGAAGCCGAUAUCAUUUUAGCCACGGACCUGUCUCUCAAAGCGCUUCUAGACAGGUUGUAGAUAAUUGAAGUGAAACUCGUUCCGUGAACGUAUUUAGCUUGUCGAGGCUAAUAGUUGCUUUCGGUAGAAUAUAAUGCUCCGUUGUAUAAUAAAUUUAAGGAGAAUAAGCCUCAAUAAAUAUUUAAUCUUACUCCUAUUUGACACUGUUGUUAAGAUCAUUGAACGCGAUCAACAAAUUUUUAAAACGACUAUUGGUUAACAAUAUGACCAUUAAUAUUACACGCAUAGACACGUUAUAAUGAAUGUUGUGUUAAUGUUCACAAUCAUUUCAUUAUAUUCAGCUAAAACUACUGACCAAAUUAUAGCCGGCUCGAAGGACCAGAAAGUAUUUGGAGGCCGUUACAACUGAGCCUCUCGAAUCCAAUGUGUUUUUUUUGUUGGUAAGCCAUUAAUUACACCUUUGAUUGCGAAGUUAUGGACUGAAUUUAUUACUUUAAAUGUAUAUGUGGAUAUCGCGAAAGGUGACUCCAUACGUUCCAUAAUUGUAUUUUGUUACUGAAUUCUUACUGAGUAAGUUUCCCUACUUAUUGCUAAGUAGGUAUAUAAUAAUGUAGCGUUUUAACAUAAAAGAUGUUUCAAACUUUAGUUCUUAGAAGCAAACCUUUGUGGUUUAUUACAACCUUCCCGAUAAAUGUAUUUCGUUUCGGAGCUUUGUGGACGAAAUACGAGGCCACACAAGACGCUGCUGCCCUCGUUUCCUUGACAGCAGUGUUCAACCGCCGUCUAUGUCAAUGAAAUUUGUGUAAUAAAUACUUAUUGUGAGUCAAGUACUUUGUUCUGCCGCAAAACAUCUAUAACGCUGUCUCGACUAGUCUCUCAAUAUUUUCAAGGGUUGUCACAAAAAUUUGGUCUAACAUGACGCUCAGCAAUUUAGUUUAGUUUAAAGUUAAAGUAAUAAUAUGAUAGUAAAUAGCAGUCAUGCUGUUAAGAGAUUAGCAAACGCGUGAAACUUAUUUCGUGUACCUGAAUAAGAGUACCGAUUUGCAAUCGAAUGAAUCGGUACAACCACGUAUAGCGCGGGCAGGUGGGGGACGCCGGUCUCCUUUAACGCUUUUCACUUUUUGUAUUUAUUACACACAUGGUUUCGGUUAGCAGGACGUGGCGUCUCGCCGCUGUGGUGUGAUCAUAGCACAGUGCGGUCGGGUGGUGGGUCUUAUAUUACAAUAGUAUUGCAUAUUCCAAUGUUGCAAAACGUCGCAUUGUGUAGCGAAGACGACCAAUUGUGUUGACUUUAUGUUGCCCUCGAUUUGUUUGUUACGUGUCCGACAUCUUAGACACCACUAUUGUUUCAGUAAACUAAUGAAUAUUUU